ACCUGUCUGCAUGUGGAAGGAGAUAUAAUCAAAGCUGAAGCGUUUCUUACAGAUCAUCAGUAUUUGUGUUCAUCUGUGUUGCACUGGAUAACAUUAUGUAGGGAUAACCCAUGCUCGUGAUAUUAUGUGGAAAUAAGUCAGGAUGGCUUGUUACAUCGAGAAAUGAUUUGUUGGGACUGAUGUUAAAAAAUUUUGAGUUCUUGCUGUAGCUACCAUAGUUUAAUUUUAUAACUCGAGAUGGGCAUUUUGGAGAAAAUAUCCGAGAUAGAAAAAGAAAUUGCGAGAACUCAGAAAAAUAAAGCCACGGAAUAUCAUCUUGGAUUGUUAAAAGCCAAGCUUGCAAAGUAUAGGUCACAACUUCUUGAACCACCAAAGAAAUCGGAGAAAGGAGAAGGCUUUGAUGUUUUGAAGUCGGGUGAUGCCCGUGUAGCCUUAAUUGGUUUUCCAUCUGUUGGAAAGUCCACUCUUCUUAGUACCUUGACAGCAACUGAAAGUGAGGCGGCAUCGUACGAAUUUACAACGCUCACAUGCAUCCCAGGAGUUAUAGAUUACAAGGGAGCAAACAUUCAGCUGCUGGAUUUGCCUGGUAUUAUUGAAGGGGCUUCUCAGGGCAAGGGCAGAGGACGACAGGUGAUUGCAGUAGCCCGCACCGCAGACCUAGUGCUGAUGAUGCUAGAUGCUACCAAACAGGAUGUCCAACGUGGAUUAUUGGAGAAGGAGCUGGAAAGUGUAGGCAUUCGACUUAACAAAAAGAAACCAAACAUUUACUUCAAGGUGAAGAAAGGUGGCGGUUUGUCUUUCAACUCAACGUGUCCUUUGACCCGAAUUGAUGAAAAACUGGUGCAGAUGAUCCUUCAUGAAUACAAGAUCUUCAAUGCUGAAGUUUUGUUUCGUGAGGACUGCAACGCCGAUGAAUUGAUUGAUGUGAUUUCUGCAAACCGCGUUUACCUGCCGUGCCUUUAUGUUUACAACAAAAUUGAUCAGAUAUCAAUAGAAGAAGUGGACAGAAUUGCUCGUCAACCAAAUAGUGUAGUAGUAAGCUGUAACAUGAAACUCAACCUGGACUACUUAUUGGAGCAGCUUUGGGAAUACCUGUCGCUGAUCAGGGUGUACACCAAGAAACCAGGCGACCCUCCAGAUUUUGACGAUGGUCUCAUAUUGCGUCGCGGUGUAACGGUGGAACACGUGUGUCAUGCCAUCCACCGCACACUUGCAGCUGCAUUUAAGUAUGCACUUGUAUGGGGAACAAGUACCAAAUAUUCACCGCAGCGAGUGGGUGUACAUCAUAUCAUGCAUGAUGAAGAUGUAAUUCAAGUUGUGAAGAAAUGAAGCCCUGUUCGCAUUUCUGUCAUUGCAGUGUUAUCUCCUACAAGACAGCGUUAAGGAAGAAGGCAGCAGUACCAGAUUCUAAAUAUGCACAGGUAGAAGGAAAUUGUAUCGUACAGAGGUCCGGUCCUAUUCUUCAUAAUAAACAGAUUUAUUGAA